UGUUUAGCUGAAACAUGACAGUGACUGUAAGAAAGAUAUUGUGAUUUAUUGACCCAAAAUUUCUAUUCAGUAAACGGAGGUUGGAGUUCAUACAGCUCAUGGUCUUCUUGCUCAAAAUCUUGUGGAACAGGAACCCGAACAAGAAGCAAAACUUGUACUAACCCUUCUCCAGCUCAUGGAGGAAGCAGUUGUUCGGGAGAAUCUUCAGAGAGUCAGAGUUGCAACACUCACAACUGUCCAGGUAAUUCGAUCAGUUUUUAUUUGUUUUAACGAGAUCGGUCUGUUAAUAAAAUAGUAGCUCUGUUAAAUGUUUUAUUGAUCAUAUCCUCAUUUUAUCAAAAAACAUAAGCGCUAAACCUGUCCUAGAUAUAUUUUGCACAACCAGUCCAUUCAAAGUGGGCUGUGUCAUCAACGGUUUGUUUCUUUUCUAAGUAAAGUUUUCAUUUAAAUUGUUUAGCUGAAACACGACAGUCACUGUAAGAAAGAUAUUGUGAUUUAAUGACCCAAACAUUCUAUUCAGUAAACGGAGGUUGGAGUUUAUACAGCUCAUGGUCUUCUUGCUCAAGAUCUUGUGGAACAGGAACAAAAUCAAGAAGCAAAACAUGUACAAAUCCUUCUCCUGUUCACGGAGGUGCUAGUUGUUCGGGAACAUCUUCGGAAUCUUUGAGUUGCAACACCCAUAGCUGUCCAGGUUAUUGUUCCAGCUCCGGAGAUCCUCACUACAGGUCGUUUGACGGAAAAUACUAUGAUUUUCAUGGAAAAUGUACUUACCAGGCAGCCAGCUGUGGCGACUUUGUUGUAAAUUUCAAGAACGUUGAUCUUCAUAAUCGAGCACCAAGAUACACGGAACAAAUUAAGUUGAUUUUCAAGGGAACCAAGUUUUCCAUUGAGAGGGGUUGGCAGUCAAAGGUCGAUGAUAUCGCAGUUCAAAUUCCCUACAUUAAACAUUAUAACAACGGAGAUACGGUUGAAAUCAUCAACAAUGGUCAACUUGAAAUAAGGCUGCACAACAAGGACAGAAACCCGUCCGUGCGGCUGCGUGCUACCAACGGUGGUUCUUAUAUCAACGCUGAAAUGUGGCUCCACGAAUCUUGUGCAAACACAACGGAGGGUAUGUGUGGGAACUGGAACGGGGACCCUAACGAUGAUCUGACGGGAGGAAGUGCAAACAGCUUGGGAAUAAUGCACCAGGAGUCUGAUGAGAACUGUCCUGCUCCUCCUCCCGAACUAGAUGUUUGCACGGAAAACGGGAACCUGCACAACGAAGCUGAGGCUUUAUGUUCUGCUCUCCUGAAUGACCCGUUCAAGCAAUGUAAUGACGCAGUACCGGUUGGAGAUAGAAACGGUGGUCCCAUGAAGGACUGUAUGAUGGACGUGUGUCAAUGUCAUUUGGAAAAAGCGUGUGCUUGUCCUCAAUUUGACGUGUACGCCACGCAAUGUCAAAAUAACGGCUUUGAUGCCGCCCAUUGGAGAGAAAAUGUAGCAUUCUGUCCGUACGACUGUCCUGAACCAACAGUGUACCUACCUGACGGAGCCACCCCAGUACCAACUUGCCUCAACAGGGACCCGUCGAAGACCGGGACUGUUGCAGGGUGUUUCUGUCCAGAAGGCCAGUUCCUACAGGAUGGACUUUGUGUGGAAGCUAGUGGGUGCAAGUGUCUCUACGAGGGACAUAUAUACGAUAACGGAGAAACUAUAGAAAAGAAAGCAGAGUGCCAAACCUGUACCUGUCAAGAUGCAGGGGAGAUGACGUGUCAAGAAAAAGUGUGCCCAACUCUUAAUUGUAAGGAAGACCAGCUGGAGGCUAGGAAUGAUGAUGAGUGCUGUUCCUACUGUAAAUCUAUAAACUGUUCUGCUGAAGAUGGAACAGUCUACUCUGGAGGAGAGCAGUGGCCUGGAGAAGAUGGAAAAACUUGUACUUGUUUUGAGGCGGGUAUCAACUGUGUGUGUGGUGACGAAACUCUGGUCUGUCCGGGAAGCACUGAGAAAUGGACAAAUCCUGAGGAUUGCGAGUCCACGUGUAUUAAAUUACCAGGUUAUUGUUCCAGCUCCGGAGAUCCUCACUACAGGUCGUUUGACGGAAAAUACUAUGAUUUUCAUGGAAAAUGUACUUACCAGGCAGCCAGCUGUGGCGACUUUGUUGUAAAUUUCAAGAACGUUGAUCUUUAUAAUCGAGCCCCAAGAUACACUGAACGAAUUGAGUUGAUUUUCAAGGGAACCAAGUUUUCCAUUGAGAGGGGUUGGCAGUCAAAGGUCGAUGAUAUCGCAGUGCAAAUUCCCUACAUUAAACAUUUUAACAACGGAGAUAGAGUUGAAAUCGUCAACAAUGGUCAACUUGAAAUAAGGCUGCACAACAACGACAGAAACCCGUCCGUGCGUCUGCGUGCUACCAAUGCUAAUUCUUAUAUCAACGCUGAAAUGUGGCUCCACGGGUCGUGUGCUGCCAUAACGGAGGGUAUGUGUGGGAACUGGAACGGGGACCCUAACGAUGAUCUGACGGGAGGAAGUGCAAACAGCUUGGGAAUAAUGCACCAGGAGUCUGAUGAGAACUGUCCUGCUCCUCCUCCCGAACUAGAUAUUUGCACGGAAAACGGGAACCUGCACAACGAAGCUGAGGCUAUAUGUUCUGCUUUCCUGAAUGACCCGUUCAAGCAAUGUAAUGACGCAGUACCGGUUGGAGAUAGAAACGGUGGUCCCAUGAAGGACUGUAUGAUGGACGUGUGUCAAUGUCAUUUGGAAAAAGCGUGUGCUUGUCCUCAGUUUGACGUGUACGCCACGCAAUGUCAAAAUAACGGCUUCGAUGCCGCCCAUUGGAGAGAAAAUGUCGCAUUCUGUCCGUACGAUUGUCCUGAACCAACAGUGUACCUACCUGACGGAUCCACCCCAGUACCAACUUGCCUUAACAGGGACCCGUCGAAGACCGGGACUGUUGCAGGGUGUUUCUGUCCAGAAGGCCAGUUCCUACAGGAUGGACUUUGUGUGGAAGCUAGUGGGUGCAAGUGUCUCUACGAGGGACAUAUAUACGAUAACAGAGAAAUUAUAGAAAAGAAAGCAGAGUGCCAAACCUGUACCUGUCAAGAUGCAGGGGAGAUGACGUGUCAAGAAAAAGUGUGCCCAACUCUUAAUUGUAAGGAAGACCAGCUGGAGGCUAGGAAUGAUGAUGAGUGCUGUUCCUACUGUAAAUCUAUAAACUGUACAGCUGAAGAUGGAACAGUCCAAUCUGGAGGAGAGCAGUGGCCUGGAGAAGAUGGAAAAACUUGUACUUGCUUUGAGGCGGGUAUCAACUGUGUGUGUGGCGACGAAACUCUGGUCUGUCCGGGAAGCACUGAGAAAUGGACAAAUCCUGAGGAUUGCGAGUCCACGUGUACUAAAUUACCAGGUUAUUGUUCCAGCUCUAGUGAUCCUCACUACAGGUCGUUUGACGGAAAAUACUAUGAUUUUCAUGGAAAAUGUACUUACCAGGCAGCCAGCUGUGGCGACUUUGUUGUAAAUUUCAAGAACGUUGAUCUUCAUAAUCGAGCACCAAGAUACACCGAACAAAUUAAGUUGAUUUUCAAGGGAACCAAGUUUUCCAUUGAGAGGGGUUGGCAGUCAAAGGUCGAUGAUACCGCAGUUCAAAUUCCCUACAUUAAACAUUACAACAACGGAGAUAAGGUUGAAAUCAUCAACAAUGGUCAACUUGAAAUAAGGCUGCACAACAAGGACAGAAACCCGUCCGUGCGUCUGCGUGCUACCAACGGUGGUUCUUAUAUCAACGCUGAAAUGUGGCUCCACGGGUCGUGUGCUGCCAUAACGGAGGGUAUGUGUGGGAACUGGAACGGUGACCCUAACGAUGAUCUGACGGGAGGAAGUGCAAACAGCUUGGGAAUAAUGCACCAGGAGUCUGAUGAGAACUGUCCUGCUCCUCCUCCCGAACUAGAUGUUUGCACGGAAAACGGGAACCUGCACAACGAAGCUGAGGCUAUAUGUUCUGCUCUCCUGAAUGACCCGUUCAAGCAAUGUAAUGACGCAGUACCGGUUGGAGAUAGAAACGGUGGUCCCAUGAAGGACUGUAUGAUGGACGUGUGUCAAUGUCAUUUGGAAAAAGCGUGUGCUUGUCCUCAAUUUGACGUGUACGCCACGCAAUGUCAAAAUAACGGCUUCGAUGCCGCCCAUUGGAGAGAAAAUGUCGCAUUCUGUCCGUACGAUUGUCCUGAACCAACAGUGUACCUACCUGACGGAGCCACCCCAGUACCAACUUGCCUCAACAGGGACCCGUCGAAGACCGGGACUGUUGCAGGGUGUUUCUGUCCAGAAGGCCAGUUCCUACAGGAUGGACUUUGUGUGGAAGCUAGUGGGUGCAAGUGUCUCUACGAGGGACAUAUAUACGAUAACGGAGAAACUAUAGAAAAGAAAGCAGAGUGCCAAACCUGUACCUGUCAAGAUGUAGGGGAGAUGACGUGCCAAGAAAAAGUGUGUCCAACUCUUAAUUGUAAGGAAGACCAGCUGGAGGCUAGGAAUGAUGAUGAGUGUUGCUCCUACUGCUCAUCUAUAAGUUAUGUUACUUCGACUCCCAAGGAUAUCACCAUCACUGUAGACCAGACAUUGACUUGCAAUAUCGGAGGGCUCGACCCUAGUGGAACCCCUGCUACUGUAACUUGGAAGGAUAAUGAUGGUGCUGAAGUUUUGACAGGGGAUACCGACAACUAUGGUUUCAGCCGAGGAUCAGUAGAUGGAAGCGGAAAUCAGGUAGCAGAACUAACCAUCAAAGCUGCGAAGCUGCCUGAUUUUACUAGUCUAUCAUCAGUGACCUACAAGUGCUCAGUCCAGUCUGGCCAAUACACAGAUUCUCCUGCAACCAGCAACGUAGAAGUCGAAGCUACCAUUCUAACACUGGCUAAGGGUAGCGAAGUGCUGAAAAACACAGAAGCUACAAUAUCUUGUGUAGUAAGUGGUUUGAGUAAGCAGCUGGAGGCGGUAACAUGGAAGAAACCUUCGGGUGAUGCUAUAACUGACGGUACUGACAGCUAUGCUAUUGAGGUUGGAACUUACGUUUCUGGCACCAACAUUCAAACUACAAUUUUGACCGUACCUGCUGGUGAAAACACGGCUGAUGCUCUUUUCACCUGUGUCAUUCAAUCUGACGAGCAUGCAAAAACAUCAGCGUCUCCAGAAGAGACUGAUGUCAACUCGAACGUUUUCACCGUCGUUCCGGAGACUCCUAAAAAAGCCACCACCGCUGUGGCUCAGACAUUGACUUGUGAUAUCGGAGAUGUGGUUACAGAUGUUAUUGUGUCGUGGAAGGAUAAUGCUGGGGCUGAUAUAACAAGUGAUAGUGCAGGGUACACCAUCGCACAGGGAUCAGCUGACUCUGGUACCAAAAUUCAGACAUCAACUCUGACCAUCGAUGUUGCCACUCUUACAAGUGUAGCUGUCGCUGCAAAUCCCGCGACAUACAAAUGUGCUGCGCAAUCUGUAGAAUAUUCGGAUUCAGCAACAUCUACUUUCAAAGAGAUUGUUGUCAACUUCCUUACUUUCGAUGUAAAAGCUAAGGGUAGCGAAGUGCUGAAAAACACAGAAGCUACAAUAUCUUGUGUAGUAAGUGGUUUGAGUAAGCAGCUGGAGGCGGUAACAUGGAAGAAACCUUCGGGUGAUGCUAUAACUGACGGUACUGACAGCUAUGCUAUUGAGGUUGGAACUUACGUUUCUGGCACAAACAUUCAAACUACAAUUUUGACCGUACCUGCUGGUGAAAACACGGCUGAUGCUCUUUUCACUUGUGUCAUUCAAUCUGACGAGCAUGCAAAAACAUCAGCGUCUCCAGAAGAGACUGAUGUCAACUCGAACGUUUUCACCGUCGUUCCGGAGACUCCUAAAAAAGCCACCACCGCUGUGGCUCAGACAUUGACUUGUGAUAUCGGAGAUGUGGUUACAGAUGUUAUUGUGUCGUGGAAGGAUAAUGCUGGGGCUGAUAUAACAAGUGAUAGUGCAGGGUACACCAUCGCACAGGGAUCAGCUGACUCUGGUACCAAAAUUCAGACAUCAACUCUGACCAUCGAUGUUGCCACUCUUACAAGUGUAGCUGUCGCUGCAAAUCCCGCGACAUACAAAUGUGCUGCGCAAUCUGUAGAAUAUUCGGAUUCAGCAACAUCUACUUUCAAAGAGAUUGUUGUCAACUUCCUUACUUUCGAUGUAAAAGCUAAGGGUAGCGAAGUGCUGAAAAACACAGAAGCUACAAUAUCUUGUGUAGUAAGUGGUUUGAGUAAGCAGCUGGAGGCGGUAACAUGGAAGAAACCUUCGGGUGAUGCUAUAACUGACGGUACUGACAGCUAUGCUAUUGAGGUUGGAACUUACGUUUCUGGCACAAACAUUCAAACUACAAUUUUGACCGUACCUGCUGGCGAAAACACGGCUGAUGCUCUUUUCACCUGUGUCAUUCAAUCUGACGAGCAUGCAAAAACAUCAGCGUCUCCAGAAGAGACUGAUGUCAACUCGAACGUUUUCACCGUCGUUCCGGAGACUCCUAAAAAAGCCACCACCGCUGUGGCUCAGACAUUGACUUGUGAUAUCGGAGAUGUGGUUACAGAUGUUAUUGUGUCGUGGAAGGAUAAUGCUGGGGCUGAUAUAACAAGUGAUAGUGCAGGGUACACCAUCGCACAGGGAUCAGCUGACUCUGGUACCAAAAUUCAGACAUCAACUCUGACCAUCGAUGUUGCCACUCUUACAAGUGUAGCUGUCGCUGCAAAUCCCGCGACAUACAAAUGUGCUGCGCAAUCUGUAGAAUAUUCGGAUUCAGCAACAUCUACUUUCAAAGAGAGAUUGUUGUCAACUUCCUUACUUUCGGUAAGUUUCUUAGGACUUGGUGAUGUAAAAGCUAAGGGUAGCGAAGUGCUGAAAAACACAGAAGCUACAAUAUCUUGUGUAGUAAGUGGUUUGAGUAAGCAGCUGGAGGCGGUAACAUGGAAGAAACCUUCGGGUGAUGCUAUAACUGACGGUACUGACAGCUAUGCUAUUGAAGUUGGAACUUACGUUUCUGGCACCAACAGUCAAACUACAAUUCUGACCAUACCUGUUGGUGAAAACACGGCUGAUGCUCUUUUCACCUGUGUCAUUCAAUCUGACGAGCAUGCAAAAACAUCAGCGUCUCCAGAAGAGACUGAUGUCAACUCUAACGUUUUCAGUGAGUAA